AAGCCAAAUCUUUGGCUGAGUCCUCAACCUGCCCACUCUCCACUAGUCGUUCUCGUUCCACACCAAAACGCCAUUAAACAAACGCUUCCUCUCUUCGUCUUCGUCUUCGUCUUCAUCUCUUUGCUUCCGAUCGCGCCAACCGAAUCCCAGUGGAGGCGAUUUCAAGUUCGAGUCGAUGCCCCGGGAGAUUUUGCUGCGCUGAUUGCUUCGAAAAGGACCAGAAAUUGAUCGAUUUUCUCGGGAAGUUCCUGUUUCUGCGGCGAUAAUUGAUUUAGGUUUGGAUCUUCUCGGAAAAACAUGGAUUGCUUCCCUUGCUUCGAUUCGAGGAAUCGGGCGCCGCUCAGCCGGGAUAACGCGAGCGAUCGCAAGAGGGAGGAGCUGCCCAUGGUGGCGCCUCGCGUCGAGAAGUUGUCCUCGGGGAAUGAUAAGAUGAGGAUCAGAAACAAUUUGCAUACCGAGAAGGAAUCACUGGACACGAAAAAGGAGCCUCUAUUUGUUAAUUCGGCACAGACGUUCACCCUUCGAGAGCUUGCCGCUGCGACUGGUAACUUUAGAUCCGAGUGUUUCCUCGGAGAAGGAGGAUUUGGACGAGUUUACAGAGGACGCCUGGAAAGUACUGGUCAGUUAGUGGCUGUGAAAAAGCUCGACAAGAAUGGACUGCAAGGAAAUAGGGAGUUCCUAGUGGAAGUACUAAUGCUCAGCUUAUUGCAUCAUGCCAACCUUGUGAAUCUGAUUGGUUAUUGUGCUGAUGGUGAUCAACGCCUCCUUGUGUACGAGUACAUGCCUUUGGGAUCAUUAGAAGAUCAUUUGCACGACCUUCCACCUGAGAAGGAGCCACUCAACUGGAUUACAAGGAUGAAAAUUGCAGCAGGUGCCGCUAAGGGAUUGGAGUACCUUCAUGACAAAGCUAGUCCACCAGUUAUCUAUAGGGACCUAAAAACUUCCAACAUACUACUAGAUAGGGGCUUCCACCCCAAACUCUCUGAUUUUGGUCUUGCAAAGCUUGGUCCAGUUGGUGAUCAAUCUCAUGUAUCAACAAGAGUAAUGGGAACCUAUGGAUAUUGUGCUCCUGAAUAUGCUUUGACUGGGCAAUUGACAGUUAAAUCUGAUGUGUAUAGCUUUGGAGUUGUUCUCUUGGAGUUGAUUACUGGAAGGAAGGCCAUUGACAGUACCAAGCCACAUGCUGAGCAAAAUCUCGUUUCAUGGGUUCGUCCCAUCUUCAAAGACAGAAAGAGACUUCCAGGCUUGGCUGAUCGAAAGCUAAGGGGUCGGUUUCCUAUGCGUGGCCUUCAUCAAGCUCUUGCGGUAGCAUCCAUGUGUAUCCAAGAAGAUGCUGCUGCCCGUCCUAUAAUUGCUGAUGUUGUCACUGCCAUGUCCUACUUGGCAUCCCAAACAUAUGAUUCAGGUGCAGUCGCUGCAAAUAGCAAUAGGCCUGGUAGUGAAAGUAGUAGUAGAAACACACAUGAAGAAGGUGGAAUAAUACCGACCAUCCUCAACAAUGGAAAGCCUGGCCAUAUGCAGCAAAUGGGUUAUGAAGUCCUUCCUAAGGAGGUAGCUCCAAUGUUGAGGCACAAUGUGGACCGAGAACGAGCUUUAGCUGAGGCAAGGCAGUGGGGUGAGAAUUGGCGGGAGAAGAUGCAAACUUAUUACCCUGAUGCAGCUCCCACAACUAGUGAUGCAACUGGUGCUGAAAGGAGCAAGGAUAUAAAUGAGGGUGUAAGAACACCAACUCACUUCCAGAGUGGAGAGCCAAGGCUGAUGCAACAUACCAAUUCUGACUCCCCAAAGGAGACAGUCCCCAUUUUGAGCCGUAAUUAUGAAGACCUUCCUAAGGAGGUAGCUCCAAUGUUGAGGCAUAAUGUGGAGCGAGAGCGAGCUUUAGCGGAGGCAAAGCAGUGGGGUGAGAACUGGCGAGAGAAGAUGCAAACAUAUUACCCUGAUGCAGCUCCCACAACUAGCAAUGCCCCUGUUGCUGAAAGGGGCAAGAAUGCAAAUGAGGGUGGAAGAACACCAACCAACUCCCAGAGUGGAGAGCGGACCCAACAUAUGAAUUCCGACUCCCAUAAGGAGGCCGCUACCUUUCUGAGGCAUAAUUCUGACAGAGAACGAGCAUUAGCAGAGGCCAAAAUGUGGGGGCAGAAUUGGCUGGAGAAGACGCGAGCUAAAGCCCUCACAGAGGGAGGUUUCGAUGCCGCAAAUGCAAUCGGAUAGAAUAACCUGCUGGACUCCCUGUUCCCAUUUUUGUUUAAGAGCUGAAGCCGGGUAUUGUUUCCUUCUCUCUUCUCCAUCACUUUGUUGGAAAAAGAAAAAGAAAUGCCGGGAAGCAUUGAGAAAAGUGAUUGUAGAUAAUUAAAUACAAAUCGACUUUGCGCGUGGUUAUAGAAAAAGGAUAAGUUGCAUGUUUUUUCCGCUUUGUAAACCGUCAUUAAUGAUGCUCAGCUAUCCCAUUGUUUUGCUCAA